CUCCUCUUCGCAGUCCCCCUCCUGCACCUCCUCUGCGCCCCCUACACCAAAGUCGAAGAAUCCUUCAACCUGCAGGCCACGCACGACAUCCUCGCCUACGGCACGCCCACGCGCAACGUCCAUGCCCGGCUGUCCUCGACGUACGACCACUUUGCGUUCCCCGGCGCCGUGCCGCGGACGUUCAUUGGGCCGGUGCUCCUCGCGGGCGUGAGCCAGCCGCUGGUCGCGCUGCUCGGCGGCGGCGGCGGCGGCUUUGAGCAUGCGCAGCUCAUUGUGAGGGCGGUGCUGGGCUGCUUCAACGCCGUCUGUUUGGCGGUCUUUGCGGGAGCUGUAAGGACGGCGUUUGGGAGGGCGGCGGGGAGGUGGUGGGUUUUGUUGAGCGUGAGCCAGUUCCAUUUGAUGUUUUACUUGAGCAGGACGUUGCCCAACAUGUUUGCCUUUGGGCUGAGUGAGCAAGCCAUUGGCCUCCUCGUCUUCGCAACCGCAAUCUUCCGCUCCGAACUCGCCAUCCUCCUCGCCGCCACGGGCCUCCACCUCCUCGCCCGGUCGCAGCUCGGCCUGCGCGAGCUCGUCGUCGUCUUCCUCGGGGCCUUUGCCACCGCGCUGGCCAUCUCCGUGCCCGUCGACUCGUACUUUUGGCAGCGGCCGCUGUGGCCCGAGCUCGCGGGCUUCUACUACAACGCCGUGCUGGGGUCGUCGUCCAACUGGGGCGUCUCGCCGUGGCAUUACUACUUUACGUCUGCGCUGCCGCGGCUGCUGGUCAAUCCGCUGUGCUUUCCGCUCAUGGGGCUGGCGCUCUACCAGCCGGGGACGUCGCGCCGAGUGCAGGACCUCGUCAUUCCAUCUCUGGCCUUUGUCGCCAUAUAUUCCCUCCAGCCGCACAAGGAGACGCGCUUCAUCUUCUAUGUCGUCCCUGCCCUGACCGCAGCCGCAGCCGUGGGCGCCGACCAUAUCUCUUCCCGCUGGUCAAAGUCCAUCUUCUACCGUCUCGCCACGCUUGCCAUUGUCCUCUCUGUCCUCGCUGCCUUUGCAUCCAGCACAACCAUGCUACUCCUCUCAUCGCUCAACUACCCCGGCGGCGACGCCCUCUCACAGCUCUACGCCAUCACCGCAAACGUCACUUCAUCAGCCCCUUCGCAGCUGUGGGUCCACGCAGACGUCCUUACCUGCAUGACCGGACUCACCCUCUUUGGCCAAAACCUGCGCAACUCCUCGCUUGGCCGUAGUCGCAGCUCUUCUCUUCCAUCGUCGUCAUCACCGCCGCCCCCAGCUCUGAUUUUUGACAAGACGGAAUCAGACGAGAAACUGCUCCGGCCAGAAUUCUGGUCCCAGUUCGACUACAUCCUCAUGGAAGACCCGUCUCUCGCCCUCGGAAGAUGGGACACCGUUGGUCGGGUCCACGGCUACGAUGGUAUAGAACUCCUGCGCCCUGGCCAAACAUCCACAUCAGAACCCUCGCGGGAUGAGGAAGCGCAGGGUAAAAUUCUCGGUCGGGGAGCCACUAUUGCUGCCGUGAGGAACUCAGUGAGGAAAUAUACCGGAGGGUGGUGGAUUGGCCCCCGGAUGGCGCCCCGGAUACACAUUAUGAAGCAAGUCCGACAUGACGAUGCUGUAAAGGGGUCAAGAUGA